UUACGUUUCCCUCCACAUACUUUGUUCUUGCCUUAUCUCUUUCUUUCCCUCCAUUUCCAAACAAAUCCUUCGUUACUUCACUCGCUGUUUCUCACUGGUCAGCAGUCACAGUUUCACAACAUUAUGGCUCACAAAUUUGCCUUCACAUUAACGUGCCCUCGUCCAUUCAUUGUCCCAAACACAAGACCCUUCAUUUCAAUUUCUUCCUUAUUCUCUCCUGAUGCUUCUGGAGUCCACUUGAUUCAGUUCAACGGCCGCCACUUCUGUCUCCGCCGCCGCCGCGUUUUUCUACUCCCCACUAAGGCCACCGCCGAUAAAAAAGGUGUCACUCCACCACCUUCGGGCAAGGUUGAAGAAGAUGAAGAAGGCGUUGACGGUAAAAUCCUUCCGUAUUGUAGCAUAGACAAGAAAGAGAAGAAAUCAGUCGGCGAACUUGAACAAGAAUUUCUUCAAGCACUGCAAGCAUUCUACUAUGAGGGAAAGGCUAUUAUGUCGAAUGAGGAAUUUGAUAAUCUCAAGGAAGAACUUAUGUGGGAAGGAAGCAGCGUUGUCAUGCUAAGUUCUGAUGAACAAAAAUUUCUGGAAGCUUCUAUGGCUUAUGUUUCUGGAAAUCCAAUCUUGAGCGAUAAAGAGUUUGAUGAGUUGAAGCUGAGGCUAAAGAUGGAAGGAAGUGAAAUUGUAGUUGAGGGUCCACGAUGCAGUCUUCGUAGUAGAAAGGUUUACAGUGACUUGUCUGUUGAUUACUUAAAGACGCUCUUACUGAACGUCCCAGCAACCGUCAUUUCAUUAGGAUUGUUCUUUUUCCUUGAUGAUUUGACUGGAUUUGAGAUCUCAAAUCUCAUAGAGAUUCCGGAGCCUUAUAGUUUCAUUCUCACUUGGUUUGCUGCUCUUCCCUUCAUUCUGUGGCUAGCUCAGGCUCUCACAAAUGCAGUCGUAAAAGACUUCUUGAUUCUGAAGGGCGCUUGUCCAAACUGUGGUACUGAAAAUACUUCCUUCUUUGGGACCAUACUAUCGAUUUCAAGUGGUGGUUCUCCUAACACUGUGAAAUGCACCAACUGUGGCACUCCAAUGCUGUAUGAUUCCACUACACGAUUGAUUACAUUACCAGAAGGAAGUAACCCUUGAGCAGUGUGUCUUGCUGUGCCAGACUCAACGACGCUAAUAAGGGGAGGAGCCAAAUAAUAAAAGCUACGUACUUUGAUAUGAAAGUGACUUACAUAUCAACUCAAAAGGCUCUCAAGGUCAUCCACGAAGAAAGACAUUGAAGUAAAAUAUUCUUGUUCUUAAUUACCAACGAUCUGAUGAUCAACUGUUAUGAAGUUCUUAUAUAGCCUGAUUAGUUGUAACUUUGUAAGUAUUUGGGCUUUGUAUAGAAUAUAAAGGAAUAUCUACCUGACGAAAUGAGUUAUUAAUUAUCAGUUAGGAGGGUGCAUACGUGUUUAUAUAAUUUGUAUCAAUAAUUAACCAAUGUUAGCUUUCCAUGGUCGAUCAUAAUUUAUGUUUCUGGAA